AUGCCCAUCAUUGGCCUUCCCCGGGAGGUCGUGAAAUGGCUCCUCAGCCUGGACCUGUCGUGCACCAUAAAGAACGUCAAGAGGGACUUUUCCAAUGGCUUCUUGGUGGCAGAGAUUUUGUCCCGGUACUACCCCCAGGACGUCCAAAUGCACUCGUACGACACGGCCACCGGGGUCACCAAAAAGCGCGACAACUGGAAGCUCUUGGAGAAGGUCUGCAAGAAGAGGGGGUUUUUGAUGAACAAUAACGAGGUCGAGAGCAUCAUUGCAUGCACGGGUGAUGCAAUCAUUCCGUUCCUGGAGAGGUUGCACCGACAUCUGACGAAUCGCGGAGCAAACGGCCUGCGGAGUCUGAACGGGGCAAAUGGGGCCGACGCCGGGUUCAUUACGCGAGCGGUAGAGUCUGCUUACACCACCACGUCAGGGUUCGAUUACGAAAGCGCGCCGGCGUUCUCCCCGGGGGCGGUCAGCGAGGGCGCCUUCUCCCCCCACUCCGACGGGCAAUUUCGCAGCCCAAGCUCUGUCUGGGAGUCCAGUCCGGUCCAGAACGAUCACCAAAAUGAUUACCCCGACUGGGAACAACCCGGCAACACAGGACAAGACACUGGUCGAUCGAACGGUGUUGGUGGGCACCAAUGGAACGGAUCGAACGGCGGAGGGAGGGGGCACGAACGGGGAAUGCCUUACCAGGCGGAUCCGUCGUUGCCGGGGAGCAGCGUCGUGGCCGAAUUUUAUAGUCGAACGCUGGGGGCGGGGGAGAACGGGUGGCACGAUUCGACGCCGAUGAGUCGGCCGAGGGGGCACGAGAACGGGGUGCCCAGCACGAGCUACGACGACGAAACGUCACCGAAUGGGGGGUAUUACUCCGGGGGGAAGAGGCACGUAACGUGGCAGCGGCGGGGGGAUCCCUCGGCGGAGCUCCGCUCUGAGGAUAGCGUCCUGAGCAGCGGAUCGGAGGCGAACGGAACGGGCCGGCGCGGGCGGAAAAGCGGUGGGGUUAGUGGGCAGCGGAAGGGUGACACCAGUCCGCGGGUGAAGAUAACGAGCGGGUCGAUGGGAGAAAAGAAAGUGCCAAAGCCGGGGGGAAAAGGCGGGGCGAAAGGGAAGAAUGCGGUGGAACGGGCGAGAGAAAGGGAAAGAGAGUUGAAGGAAAAGGAAGAAGCGGCAGGGGGGGUGAGGCCGAGCCGGAAACCGGUGGUUAUGAAGCCGGGGGAGCGGAAAGCGGACCCGUCGCUCUACUUUCGAAAGACAGAUAGACAGAUGAACUUCCAGCCAUACACCGUGGACGACUUCAAGAAGCUGCAGGCGACCGGAUACGUACAGCUAGGCAAGCUGGGGCCGGACCUCGAAACGGAGGAGCUGCAGGCCAAGAAGGAAAAGGUGGAACGGGUGAAGAACUUUGUGAAUACGAUCCGCCCGGCGAACGUGCUGCAGCCGGUAAACGCUCGAAAAACCAGAGUUCUGGAGAAGCCCGCGUCAUCCCGUCAAAAGGCCCUCGAGUUCGCCAAGACGAUAUCGAAGCCGGCCCCAUCGAACCGGACGUCCGGAUGCAGCCCUCCCGGCCGGUCCGAACCGUUCGACGAAAGGCCGGACGAACCGAGCGAACUAGAGCGGUUGGAGGCGCAGCACCGGCAGGACCAGGAGCGAGUGGAGAGACCUGCAAGCGACGCUCCGGUGAAAGCGGCUCUUUCGGAUUCCAAAAACGACCCAAACAUUCUGUAA